GGCAUUUUUCAUUUGCCAUCCUGUGAUCUUAGUUGAUAGAGAAAACAGAGUAAACAGCUCGGCGAGCGAUAGUGAACUUCCGCCUUGACUACAAUGGAUUCCGGGCUUCCAUUCUCUCUUAGAUAGCUUUGGACAUCUCGUCUACGACGAUAAUUUUUAAGGCAUAGCUUUGGGGACGUCAUGACCAUCAGCUCGCGGGCUCUCCAUGUCUGCGCACAGGCUGCAGGCCCUUCGCCCGGCAGCUCACCGCAUAAACGUCACCAGUCCCAACAUCCCCAAUCUCAUAGCGUCAGCUCUCGAAGGGUGCUGGUAGCCAGUAAGAACCCGGUCAAGGUGAACGCCGUACAGCGGGCACUACAGCGCUGCUUCCCCUCCCUGGAGCUAACAGUCUGGGGGCGGGAGACCCCUUCCAACGUGCCAGAUCAGCCCCGUGGGGAUGAGGAGACGCUGAAGGGGGCUCGCAACCGGGUGUCAGCGCUGAGCGCCUCCGUAACCACCACAACAACCACCGCCCCCGAAACCACAACCACCGCAACGAGAACGCCCGCCGCUGCCAGCUGUGACAAUAGCUGUGGCGGGGAUGGUGGAGUCAUCGAUCUUAUGGUUUCGAUUGAGGGCGGAGUGGGCCCCGCAACCGCCCCCGGGCAAGCUGGGGUGUUGGAGUGCUUCGCCUGGGUUUGUGUACGAGAUCCACACACAGGCGCGGAGAGCACCGCGCGUACGGCAUCGUUUGCGCUUCCCAGGUCCUUGUCUGACCUGAUUUUGAAGGAGGGUAUGGAGCUGGGUGACGCGGAUGAUGCGGUGUUUGGAUGCGUUCGCAGCAAGCAGGGCUCCGGAACCAUUGGAAAACUCAGCAACGGUGUGCUAGAUCGGACAGAAUAUUACGUGCAGGCGACGGUGUGUGCGUUGCUGCCGUAUAUGCAGCCACAGCUGUACGGCAUGGAGUACGGUGGAUUCUUGAGGAACACACCCGCAGCGCGACAGUAG